ACUACAGUACAGAGCCCUUGGACGCUGUGGCCCUGGAACCAGAGUUCGAAGCGCCAAGGCUCUGCGUUCAGGAGCUGGAUCCCUCAGCUCGCAGAAGCAGCCCCGCGAAAAGGGGAUGUCCGAAAUGAGAGACAACCACUCAAGAAGGUUCUGAAAUUUCCCAGGGAUUUCCGAAGGAGGUUACAAAUCGCUGCUGGAUUUGAGCAGCAGCCUUUUCCGCAGCCUCUGGCCCUGCGGCGUUGAACGGAAUAAUAUAGGACACACCCUUACAUUUGAAUUUGAGUUCCAGCAGAGGUUACCAUAGCUACGGUGCACACAGCCGCUCGGCGUACCUAUUUGGACCCCUGCUGGCCGGAGGGGAGAGGAGGCACCAUGAGCCAAACCGUGACCAUCGUGGAGCCCCAGGUCAAGCAGCAGGGGUCUCAAACCCGGUGCGAGGUGAAUUCGGGGGCCAAGGGCCACGUCUACGGCAGCCGAACGUAUGAUUACCUGUACGAUCCGUUGUUUACUGUGUCAAGUGAGCAAGACCACACACAGGCAAAUGUCCAAGCAUUCCUGAGUCGAAGCAGACUGAGGAAAGUUCCCAGGUUUAGGACUAUGUUCAGUAACCUGAUCCAUUACCCAAGACAUUCUCUAUAUUGGAGCAAGGCAGAUCCCGUCCCACCAUUCAUCAGUCGGGAAUGGAGGGGACAUGAGGAGAAACGAAGAGAAACCCUCCAGAAACUUGGCAUAUAUGACACUUCUUUUCAAAUGCCUAAAGAAGUUUAUGAAGAUCCUGAUGUUACUGGGAAGAAUCGCUAUAAAUAUUUUGAAAGGCCGUUCCUCCCAUCCUUUCAGCAGAUGCCACCCAAUGUUGCUUUGGCAUCAACCAAACAAGAGAAAUAUACUUUUCCUCCUGCUUCGUCUAAGCGCCCACCCACCCCUUCAAAGUAUACUGUGGGCAUUCAGACGGAUUAUCGUGAUUCCGAAGUUCAAACAGAUCCGUAUUCUCCAGAAUAUAUAGUAUGUCAGGAUUCAAUCCCUGAGCUCUUGACCCUGGCUACUCUGACUUGGGGUCGAGGUCUCCCGGCAGGACAAGCUGAGGUGGAGAUGAUAGAACGUGCCCGGGAGAAGCGUGCCUGGGAAGCCACUCUCCCGCCUCUGACUGACACCACCCACUUUGAGAAGAGGAGGAAGAUGAUGAAUGAGAUGGAGAGGAAGGAGUGGGCCUUCCGAGAGCAGGAGAUUGAAAAACUGCAGGAGAUUCGCCUGGAAAUUCUAAAAGAGCUGCUGAGGAAACGUCUCAAGAAUAGCAAUGAAAUGACUAUGAAGCACUUGAAUGCCCAAUGGUCUAACCUGCAGGAAGCAAAGGAGGCAAAAUUGGCAAAAAUUCGUCGUACACAUGUAUCAGCAAUCAGAAAACUUAUGGGAAAGAGAAAGAAUGUAGAAGAGAAAUUCGAGAGAAGAAAUAUCAUCAAGGACUAUUCUGAUUAUGCAUCACAGGUCUAUGGACCUCUGUCUCGCCUUGGCCGUUUCCCAGACAAUGAUGAGGACGUUGUAGUAAAAAAUCACUAUCUCAACACCUAUGAAGGAUUAGUUGAACUUGAGUCCUGUCUCCCAGAUUUUGUGACACAGCCCCGAAUCAAAGCUCCAAAACCUAAAGUCACAACCACCAAAGCUGGCUUUCUAAAGAGGGCGGCAAAGCUGGAGCACGAGUUGGCAGAGGUUCAUAAGGCACUGUUGGAUAAGAAGAAUAAGGUUCCUGAACCAAAGAAACCUCUGCUCUUUCUUCAAAGAAAGUCAAUACCUCAACCUCGGCUUCCAACUCCAACCUUGGAAAUGACUUCCACUGAAGAAGAAGAUAAAGAAAAGGCUGUUAUCUUCCUUCAAAAGUUACUCCGCGGCAGAGUCGUUCAGAAUGUGAUGUUUGAAGGGAAAGAAAAGCGACUGGAGUUGAUCCAGGAGCUGCGCGCCACCCACGUGCUACAAGAAGAUGACAGGCUGGUGAGGAAAACCGAGAAGCAAGUGACACUGGCCCUCCAGCGGCAGAGGAACUUGCAUGAACACAAGGUGUCACUAGUUGAAAACCAUCUGAAUGGACUGGAAGGAAGGGUGCUGGCAGACAUGUUCGACUUCCUGUCCAAAGAGCUGGUGAGACUCCAGGAAGAGAGGAGAAUCCAUGCCUUUGCCAUGCUGGCUGAACGACAGCGGAGGAUGCGGGAAGCCGAGGAGAGUGGUCGGCGACAGGUGGAACAGAGGCGCCUGCGGGAGGAGGACGAGAUAUUUAAGGAGGUGGUUAAAGUUCACCAGAGUACUAUAUCUUCAUAUCUGGAAGACAUAAUACUGAACACUGAAGAGAAUACUGCAGAAGAACAAGCCAGGGCGGAAAUUGAGAAGAAGGCUAAGGAAAUCAAUGACAUUGCUUAUGAAAUGGAAAGCCGUCGAACUCAGCUUCAGUCAGAGGAGAUUGUUGCCGAGUUGGUUUAUAGUUUCCUGAUCCCAGAGGUGCAAAAGGACUUUGUCAAAGAAAAAGUGAGGAACGCACAGCGGAAGCAUAUUCUUGCAGCCCAUCAGAUCAUCCACAGGCACACAGGAGACAUGCUUGCAAGGGACUUCGCUGAGCAACCGCAAGAUGAGCACUGACAAGUUACUUAAGGAAAAAACUCAAAGUGAGAAAGACAGCUAAGGUGGAACUUGCAAGCAUGAAAUUGGAUAUUUAGCUGAGAAGAUUUCUAAAGAAAAUGUUGAAGGAGUUGGUUUCUUCUGGUUGCUUAUAGUAAAAUGUGAAGGAAGAGAAAUGAAGAAGGAAUUGUUAAGCAAAAAGGGGCAAGAACUUGAAGAUUUGGAAGAAUCUUAGCCUAUCUGUAUUUCAAAACGUAAGGAAGUAUAUUCUGUAAAGAACACUAAGGCUGUGGCUGACAGCUAUUUGACAGAGAGCUUAUGCGAACUGAAAGGGCUGGAAAUGAAGGAAGGCUGUUGGGCUUCUUGGAUUUGACCAGAUGAGACAAUACAGCUAUUAUGCUCCAAAUGUGCACAAUUCUUCAAUAGACAAAAAUAACCUGGAAGGCGAUUUAAAAUUAGGGCCACUGUCUCAGUUUCAACAGGUCAGAUGACUUCUGCCCAGAAGCUUAAGGGUGGGACCACCCAUAGGACCCUACCCAGGGAGCCAUGGGGAUGGCACACCGUAGAGAUGAAGGGGUGGGGUCACCCUACAUGGGAGUAAUUGGGCCGUGCUAGUGACCUGGAAGCUAGGACAAUGAGCUAAAGGAUUAACCUCAAGCUUUAAGAUCCAGUAGAAUUUGUCUGGCUAAGCUUUGGACUUGCAUGGGACCCAUUCCUUUUUUCUUCCUUCUCACUUCUCUCUUUUGGAGUGAGAAUAUCUAUCCUGUGCUUGACCCAUCAUUGUAUUUUGAAGCACAUAACUUGUCUGAUUUACAGCUGAAGAAGAAUGUUGCCUCAAGAUGAAUCAAACCUUGAGACUCGCCCACAUGUAAAUUAGAUGAUAUUGAGAUUAGAUAUUGGACUUUAGAAUUUAGAAGUGGUGUUCAAAUGAGUUAAGACCUUGGAGCUGUUGGGAUGGAAUGAAUGUAUUUUGCAUGAGAAGGAUGUGAAUUUGGGGGAUGGGUGUAGAAUGCUCUGCACUGAAUUGUGUCACCCCCAAAUUCAUAUGUUGAAGCCUUUAACCUCUAAGACAGUGGUCGGCAAACUCAUUA